UUAUGCAUUAUAAAGUAUUUUCUGAUUUCACAGUAUUUUGUGUUAUUUAGUAAAUGUGUGUGCAUUCCAUACUAAUUUAUAGAAGUGAUUUGUAGUUGUUUUAUAUAAUGGGUUAUUAUGGUUAUUAUAGGUUAUUAUUAUAUAAUCAUGUCGCUAUGCCGAACUGCUACUGCUCAGAGCUCCAACUGGUGAAUGAAAUAACAAAUCAAAAAGUUUAAUGUUUUGGUAUGGGUCUAUUCAUGAGAUAAUUAUGGCUCAGUGAAUCAUCUCAAGUUCAAAAUAAUGCUUUGACCCCAUCAGCGAAUCUCAGAACAGAAUAAACUGCAAAAAAUAAAAAUGCUAUUGUGGCAUAGCUUUGUAAGCGUUAAAUAUGUCCACCCUCGAAUACAGAAAAUGUUCAUUUUCAUGAAAUUGACCAAACAUUUUCAAAUAAUUGUUCAUGAAAUCCUGAUAAGUCUAUUCGCUCAGUUCUAUGGUUUGCUUGGUUACCUAAAUUAUUUUUCCGGCCAAUAGCCAAACGCACACGUUAGAAGGUUUUGGUUGUAGUCAUCAGGCAAUCACUUUGCAGGUAAGCUGAUUGGGUGUUCGCAAAGCAAUUCACCAAUCACCUAAGGCUUUGUAUCCUGUGGGCGGUACGUGCAAUAUUUUCCAGGAAGUCGAAAAAUUGCUCUGAGUUGAAAUCCACAAAAUGUUGAUGUAGAUGUUUCAAGGCUUUAUAUACUCUUCAGUUUCGUGUAAAUGUGUUUUAAAGCUUGUUCAAAAUGAAGAAUAAAACAUACAAACUUGUGGUGCACAAAAAAGGCUUUGGAGGCAGUGAUGAUGAAUUGGUGGUGAACCCCAAGGUAUUCCCUCAAGUUUCACUUGGGGAUAUUAUUGAGAUUGCGCACCACACAGAUGAAUACAGCCCUCUCUUGCUGCAGGUGAAGAGCCUUAAAGAAGACCUCCAGAAAGAAACAAUCAGUGUGGACCAGACAGUGGCACAAGCCUUCAAACUCCGAGCAUACCAGGAUGUCGUUGUGAACAUUGUAGACCCAAAGGAUGUAACGUUGGACCUCGUGGAGCUCACCUUCAAAGACCAAUACAUUGGAAGGGGAGACAUGUGGAGGCUGAAGAAGAGUUUGGUUAGUACCUGCGCUUAUGUGAGCCAGAAAGUGGAGUUUGCAGGGAUCAGAGCCCAGGCCAGUGAGUUGUGGGUGAAAGGAGAGAAGGUCACCUGUGGCUACAUCAGUGAAGACACCAGGGUGGUGUUCAGGUCAACCUCUGCCAUGGUCUAUAUCUUCAUCCAGAUGAGCUGUGAGAUGUGGGACUUUGACAUUUAUGGGGAUCUCUACUUCGAAAAGGCAAUCAGUGGGUUUUUGUCUGAUCUUUUUGCCAAAUGGAAGGAGAAGUAUUGUAGCCAUGAAGUGACAGUAGUGCUUUUCUCACGCACUUUCUACAAUGCUAAAAACUUGGAGGAGUUUCCUGAAAUCUUGAGAGGUUCCGUCAGACAAGACCACGAGGGCCGUUUCUAUGAAGAUUUCUACAGGGUGGUGGCUCAGACCGAGAGGCGUGAUGAGUGGACAUCUCUACUGGUCACCAUUAAGAAGCUCUUCAUCCAGUACCCUGUGUUGGUGCGGCUCAAAGAAGCGGAUGGUUUUCCCUCCGGCUAUAACUCUACCGCUGCUCAGGGGAACUACCUGGAGGCCAUUAACCUGUCUUUCAAUGUGUUUGACAAGCACUACGUAAACCGCAACUUCGACCGCACCGGUCAGAUGUCUGUGGUCAUCACUCCGGGGGUGGGCGUGUUUGAAGUAGACAGACUGCUCAUGAUCCUAACCAAGCAACGUAUGAUUGACAACGGUAUUGGUGUGGACUUGGUGUGUUUAGGAGAACAGCCACUUCAUGCAGUGCCUCUGUUUAAGCUCCACAACAGGACGGUGCCUGGAGACUCCCGUCUGGGGGAUGACUACAACCUGCCACAUUGGAUCAACCACAGCUUUUAUACCUCCAAAAGCCAGAACUCCUGCAGCUGCUUCACUCCUCGCAUCAAGCUGGCAGGACGCAAGCUCCAUGCAGACAAAUUGAAGAACAACCGAGAGAACACUGUUGGCGCUCCGAAGGACGAGAACAGCCUUCCGGUUCAGGUGGACUACGAUGCAUAUGAUGCACAGGUGUUCAGACUCCCUGGGCCAUCCCGAGCUCAGAGGAGCACCAACUUCAGGGUGGUUCGAGAGAGGGACGUCAGCGGGAGGAAGAGCUGGGGUUCGGCCGACGUUAGCGGGGGCGUAGGGAGCGGGGCGUCCCCGCCGAUGCGCUCCGGCGGGCCCGACGAGCAGAAGAGCCUGGCGUCUGAUGACAGCCUGGGUCGGGUGUCCAACAUCCUGCUGAUUCCCCGUCUGCCCCCGGCCCAGUAUGGAGAGGUCAGCAGCUCCCUGGGCUAUACCAGCACCAGAGAGUUGUUGGAGAAGAUGAUGGAUUCUCAGCGGGAGUCCAGUGCUCCCGGCCGGUUCACGGUGGGGAGCGCUGAGUCCACCCUCCAUGUGCGCCCGGGGGGCUACACCCCUCAGAGGGCCCUGAUCAACCCCUUCGCCCCCUCACGCAUGCCCAUGAAGCUCACUUCCAACCGCAGGCGAUGGAUGCACACCUUCCCCGUGGGUCCUUCGGGAGAGGCCAUCCAGAUCCACCACCAGACCAGGCAGAACAUGGUGGAACUGCAGGGCAGCGAGCAGAGGGACCCCACCCAGACCUCUGCCGAGCUGCUGGAGCUGGCCUAUCACGAGGCCACUGGCAGACGGACGGCAUCCGAGAAGCGGCAGGCGGGCGAGAGUGGUUUGUACACCACUGGUGGGAUGGACCACUACACCCACGGCAGCCCAGCCAGCAGCAACAGCACCGGAACGCCGGUAAACCGCGGCUCGUCAUUUGAAGACUUCUCCUCUGGCGGUCUGGAUCCAAUCCUGCUGCUGUCUACGCCCCCGACAGUGCCCAGCUUCUGUUGUACGGUGGGGGUAGACUGGAAGUCUCUGACCACUCCCGCCUGCCUGCCCCUCACCACGGACUACUUUCCUGACCGGCAGACCCUGCAGAACGACUACACCGAGGGCUGCUACGACCUGCUGCCGCACACUGACCUGGAGAGGCGUGACGACGAGGCGCCGGUCAUGACUGCCCCUCAGGUGUUUGAGGAGUUCAUCUGUCAGAGGCUGAUGCAGGGCUACCAGAUCAUCGUCCAACCGAACAACAGGAAGCCCCAGCCCGCCGUGGCCCCGCCCCUCAGCAGUAGUCCUCUCUACACCAGAGGGCUGGUCUCUCGGCACCGGCCGGAAGAGGAGGAGAGUCUGUACUGGCUCAGUAUGGGCAGAACCUUCCACAAAGUCUGCCUCAAGGACAAGAUCAUCACUGUUACCCGUUACCUCCCCAAGUACCCCUGCGAGUCAGCUCAGAUCCAGUACAGCUACAGUCUGUGUCCCCCGCACUCCGACGCCCACUUCCUGUCCUGCUGGGUGGAGUUUGGCCAUGAGAGACUGGAGGAGUACAAGUGGAACUAUCUGGACCAGUACAUCUGCUCUGCCGGUUCCGAGGACUUCAGUCUGAUAGACUCUCUGAAGUUCUGGAGGACCCGGUUCCUGCUGCUGCCGGCCGGGGGGGCGAGGCGAGUGGCGGACGGAGAGGGGCACUGGGACGUGUACGGGGACGGGGCCGGCACCGCGGCGGCCAGGGAUGGGGGGACGGGCACCGGGGACGGGGUCCUCCUGGACGGCUUCAUCCGCUUCCUGGAAGGCCUCAACCGCAUCCGCAGACGCCAUCGCUCCGACAGGAUCAUCAGGAAAGGAGCGGCGAUCAAAGGCCUGCAGAUGACUGGACCGCUCUCCUCCUACCCCCCAGAGCCUGCUGCCCCCCCACUGGGCAAGAAAGGCACCUCCGCCUUGUCAGCCCUCCUGGAGUUGGAGCAGAACCAGAAGGCUUUAGAGGAGCAGCAGCUGGGGAAACCCUCGUCCGCCGCCAGCGACUCGUUCAGCACCUCCACCAGCGUCACAUACGUAGACAGCCCCCGAAAGGAUGCAGCCUACAUUUUGGAUUUUAUACGUAGCCCUCGUUCCUCCUACAUCUAUCAUACCCAGAUUUCUGCAGAUCCUGCUGAAGGAGGGGCCACGGAGAAAGGAGGCCAAUCAGGGCCUGGCGUGUUGACUGGCGGGGCUGCAGGCCAGACGACAGGGGAUGCUGGAGGGACCAGCGUUACCACAGAAACCAGUGGUCAGUCUGGUAGCGGGGCCUUGUCUCUGUCCUCGUCCUCAACCCUCAUGGAGAUACUAGAGGCCAUCAAACACCCCACGACAGGUGUGCAGCUCCUACCUGAGCAGAAAGGCCUGCCCCCUAACUGCUUCAUCAGUGCUGAGAUCGUCCAUUGGCUGGUCAACAACGUCGAGGGAGUGGCCACACAAGGCAUGGCGGUUGACAUCAUGCAGAAGAUGCUGGAUGAAGGCCUGGUAACCCAUGCGUCGGGGGAUGCCAUGAGGACCUUUGUCUAUGGUUUCUACUUCUACCGGAUUGUGGCAGAGAAAGACUAUGAGCGAGGUCCUACAUCCCAGCUACCCACCCCUGCUGCACAGGGCUGGUCGACUGCAGCCUUGGAGGACUUCACCCUGUUUCAGAGGAAGUGGUUUGAGGUGGCCUUUGUCCUGGAGGAGCGUCGGCCGUGUGACCUCCCGGCCUUCCUGCUGCCGUGGCUGCCCAGCCGGCCCGCUUCAUACGCAAGUAGGCACAGCUCCUUCAGCCGCAGCUUCGGAGGACGCAGCCAGGCCGCGGCACUGCUAGCCGCCACUGUUCCGGAGCAGAAGACGGUGACCUUGGAUGUGGACGUUAACAACCGCAGCGAUCGCACCGAGUGGUGCAGCUGCUAUUACCAUGGCAACUUCUCCCUGAACGCGGCCUUCGAGGUUAAGCUGCAUUGGAUGGCUGUCACUGCAGCGGUUCUCUUUGAGAUGGUCCAAGGCUGGCACAGGAAAGCUGCCUCCUGUGGGUUCCUCUUGGUGCCCGUCCUGGAGGUGCCCUUUGCCCUGCCCUCUUACUUGUACGGUGACCCCCUGCGGGCCCAGCUCUUCAUCCCACUUCACAUCCACUGUCUGUUGAGGGAUGGCAGUGACAAUCUGUUUGAGGGUUUUGAACCAGAGACGUAUUGGGAUAGAAUGCAGCUCUUCCAGGAGGCCAUACUUUACAGAUUUGGAUUUGUUCAAGACAAGUUUUCUGCCUCUACUUUCAACUUUCCAUCAGAGAACAAGCCCCAAUAUAUCCACGUAACAGGUACAGUAUUCCUGCAGUUGCCCUAUUCCAAGAGAAAGUACUCCAGUGGACAACAGCGUAGAAGGAGGAACUCUACAGCCUCUGCCAGUCAGGGUCUGUUUGGCUCAGAGGAGCGGGUGGGCUACUACUGGGCCUACAACACCAUGCUGACCAAAGCCUGGAGGACGGGCGUGCUUGGGGAUGAGAAGCUGGCUGACCGCCUACUCAGAGACUUCACUGACUUCUGUGCCAAUAAAGACAAUAGGCUGGUCAACUUUUGGGACAGCUGCCAGGAGAAAAUGAAUGCUAGUGCUCCGUGAUGAAGACAAAGUGUAGUGAAACUGAGAAGGUACGGACACCUCUGUUGAAAUCUGACAGCAUUACAAUACAAGUCAUCAUUGUCUCUGGUGUUGAGCUUUUGUAUGAAGAAUUCUCCACAAGAACACCUUGUAUUUGUGUUCUCUGUCCCCAAUGUGGCAAGACUUGUGCCUUAUCUAGGUAGAGGUCCUGCUGAAAUUUAAAUUGCCUGAGGUGCAGAGACACUGUUUCUUCUGGUCCAUCUGAUGAGCUGCUACUCUUUAUAUGAAGUGAAUAAUAAAGAGAACUAAUCUAAACCUG